AGGUGAAACUGACUCCGGGAAGAAGUUUCAUCCUGGGCGCCGCCCCGGGGGAGAGCGCGCGUGUGCGGCGGUUUCUGUUCCCGAAUGCCUCGGGCGUGCGGAACCGCGGCGGGGCUGGGGAGGAGAUAAGCUUGGCGAGGUGGAGCAUGGCUGGAUGGAGGAGGAAGCAGCGGCGGCAGCAGCGAGAGCCGUGCGCGCUGGGCCGGCGGAGGUGAUCCGUGCGCCCGGGAUUUCGAGGUCAUCAUGGCCAAAGAGCUGAGCCAAGCCGAGGUGCUGGACUUCCUCUGCCAGGCCGGGGGGAGCGUGGCCAACGCCGCCUUGCUGAGCCACUUCAGGCACUUCUUGCGGGACCCCGACGCGUCUCCGGCUCAGCUGCAGCGCCGCCGAGAGCUCUUCAAGGGCUUCGUCAACUCCGUGGCCACCGUGAAGCAGGACGAGCCGCCGGGCGCCGCCAAAUACGUGGUGCUCAGGAAGCGCUACCGAGAGCUGGUGGGAGAGGAGCCCAAGGCACCUGCCGACAAUGCCGCCCAGAGCCAAGCCGCCAAGCCGCCGCCGCCGCCGCCUCUGGAAGUGGCAGUCGGCCGGGGGGCGCUGCAGGGCCAGGCCGGGGCGCAGCGCGCGCCUAGGGCGCACGGCCAGGAGCCUCCCCGGCGCCAGGUGGAAGAGGAGCGCGCCGGCCCAGGCUCGGCCCACCAGCUUAGGACUUGCCCGGAACAUCGCAGGUGCCACCCGGGGGGGCUGGGAGGGCGAUCGGGGGCGCUGUUUCCGCCAAACCCCGCGCUAGGCGGCCGGAGAAGCCCCUCGGAGCCGUGCGCCCUGCUUGGAACGGAGCAGCACAGCCAAAGGGAGCCCCGGCAGGCUCCUCGCGGGGACCCUCCGCUCCUACUAGGCGGGGCGCCGCAGUCAAAUGGCCCCUAUUUACCCGUCGGGAAAAUGGGCGCGCCUCCAAGGGCCGCCAGCCCCCAGCAAAGGAUCCGCGAGUGGGUGGAGAGGGCGCAUGCCGUUACGCACCAGUCCGCCCUGCCUGACCCCCUUCUGCAGCGCGAAGAAGGGUCCUCCUGGCCAGCCCGGCCGUCGCCCCCCAGCUCGGUGGGGAGCGCCUGCCUUUCUCAGGAUUCCUUGCCCGGGCUGGGUGCCCGGCGGGACCCUGCGCCCGUCUUCCGGAGCAUCCGGUGCCAGCUCUCCCUGCAAGACCUGGAGGACUUUAUCGAGAAGGCGAGCUCGGCGAGCGAAGACGGCAGCAGCGCCAGCGGAGGCAGCGACUCCUAUCGGCCUGAAGGGCGCGCUGGCGUCCUUCACCAGCCCUUCCCUGCCAGGCAGAACGGCCACGGCGGUAAUUCAACAGGAACAGCCCGGGCCAGGCCAGAGAGCCUCUGCUACAGACCCCACGGAAAUGGCUUGGCCAAGGAUGGCGCCAUCCCAGAACACCUCGCCUUGCUCAACCGGGUGGUGAGCAGAGCCGCCUCCUGGGACAAGCUGUGGGACGCAGACUCCCCCAAACCCGGCAAAGAGCCCCCCAACCCCUGGAAAGUGACCAGACUGUCUCCCUCUCCCCUGGAGACCCCCCUGAGCCCGCGGCUGGUCCAGAGGCAAGGAUGCUUGGCCACUUCUAGUGACGUGCAAGGGCUGGGCCCAGAUCCAGAUGCUCCGAGCGAAGGCAGGUCCUCCUCUGUGCCCUUGGAACCCCGAGAGCACGCUUGGCUGGUGAAAGUGGCCACUGGUUCGUGGAUGCAGGCCAGGGCGCUCUUCCUGGAAGACCCCCACCUGGCCACCCGCAAAGACUUCAUCAUGGGCUACACUGUGCUCCACUGGCUGGCCAAGCACGGGAACGUGCAAGUGAUGCAGGACUUUGUCGCCGGCGCCAGGAAAGCCGGCGUGGACCUCGACGUGGACGCCAAGUCCGGCUGCGGAUACACCCCUCUGCACCUGGCUGCCAUGCACGGGCACCAGCUAGUCGUCAAGCUGCUGGUGCAGAAGCUGCGGUGCAGCACACAGGUGCGCGACAGCAGUGGCAAGAGGCCCUGGCAGUACCUGAGCAGUGCCACCUCCGGGGAGGUGUGGCAGCUCCUGGAAGCUCCUCAGGGCAAGACCAUAUUCCCGGCCCACCCCAUAGCCAGGAGCUCCACCUCACUCGGCCCGAAAAAAGGCAAGAGCCCGGAGCUGGGCAGGAAAGUCAGCAGGAAGACUUCCUUGGCGGCGUACUUGAAACCUCAGCACAUCAAGUGGAAAAUGGGGAGCAGGUUCCAGCAGCUGCAGGAGAAGGAAGAGGAGUACAAUGACUGAGGACCGCAGGGGAUACUCUCAGCUAAACCAAUGGAGAGAUUCCCUAGGGCUUUGCCUGCAAUGUGGCUGGAUUUGGCGAGGGACUAGAGGAGAGCAGAAUUGAGCACUUUAUCCAUAUUUAUUUUAAUUGAUUUUAUUUUUUUCCAAUUAUCCUAGGCAGGUGCUUCUAUCGGGGUCAAUUGAUGGAGAAGUCUCGCAGCACCCACUCCUUCAAGUCUUGUUGCUCUGUGCCUCAUCGCAGAGAAACUGUUUUUAACCAUGUUCUUAUUAGUGCCCUGUCUUCAGGAUCAGGUGUGGGAGAAUGUACACUGUUCGGAUGCUGGUGGGGACAGCUUUGACCUCUUAGGAAUGCUUGUAUGGAAGGGUGAACCAAACAGCUAAGAAUCUCAAACCCAUUUUUAACUCCCCCCCCAAAGAGUGGGGGUUUUCUGUAUGCAGGAGAGCUUUUAAUAUGUAGGUGCUUGGGGAAUUGGGGCUGGUGGAUUUGUAGCUGAAACCACCAUAAUAGCAGUAUUCAGGAUGUCACUUCGGGGUGAAGAUGGCCAGGCUUUUGAACUGGGGUGUCAUUUGCCCGACAACAGCCACAAUUUAUUAUUUGCCUUUAGGAGCAGGUUGUGAACGAGACAGACAGACUGGGGACUCCUUUUUAAUUAAGCUGGGAUCACCUUUUAGAGGAGUUUAAACCUAAGAAAAACAACCGCAACAAAAUUCUGGAGUGGGAUUGAAGUGUUAUCUCAAAUAUCAGGUUAAUGAAAUGAAAUCCUUUCCCUCUAUGGCCACCCCAAAGCACAAUCAGCAAAACCUCAGAAUUUAUU